AUGCAAGAUGAAUUUGACAUUGAAGUUAAUUUUGAAUAAAAUAGUUCAAUGACAUUCGAAAUGUUUAAAUUGUUAAUAAAUAUUAGUGGCCAUAAUAGUGUUAGAUUUCCAAAAGCAGGAAUUAAAAUAAACAAUGAAGGAUUGACAACCACCAAUGGAGAAUAGAUACAAAAUACAUAGGAAUCGAUAACGCAUCAGUAAAUUAAGGUCGGGGAUGUCAUUGGAUAAGGAGUAUCAAGCUAUGUUUGCAGAGGAUUAUAUUUGCCUUACAAUUGUCAAGUAGCUUUGAAGAUAAUUAAUGUUUUCGAUAAGGACAAGAGACAUUAGAUGUUAAAUGAUCUAAGUACACUCUUAAAUGGUUGUGAAUGCGAAUAAUUGAUCAAGUUUUAUGGUGCAUAUUAUGAAGAAGGAACCAUAAGAUUGGUACUUGAAUAUAUGGAUCAAGGAUCAUUGCGAAGCAUUAUUCAAUAAAUCUAUAAGCAUAAUUUAAGUGAAUUAAUUAAUGAAUAAAUAAUUGCAACGAUAACUUAUAAUAUUCUCAUGGGAUUAUAAUAUUUGCAUUAGCAGAAGCAUUAACUUCACAGAGAUAUCAAACCAGAAAAUAUUCUCAUCAACAGUUUGGGAUAGAUAAAAUUGACAGAUUUUGGAAUUAGUAAAUAAUUGGAAAACACUAUAGCCAUAGCCAGAACUUUUGUAGGUACUUUGAUGUACAUGUCUCCGGAGAGAACUGAGGGGAAGAACUACUCCUACGCUUCAGACAUCUGGUCUUUGGGACUGAUUAUCUAUGAAAUGGCAACAGGGAAACAUCCAUACUCAGUCUCCAAUAAGCAAAUGACUUAUAUCCAAAUGAUUCAGAAUAUUCUGAAAUCGGAGUCACCAAAAUUGGAUAAUUAUCCAUAUAGUGUAGAAAUGAGGGAUUUUGUUAAUAUUUGGUAGGAUUUGAAUAUUGAUUUUAGUUUGAACAAGGAUCAAAGCAAACGAUUGGAUGCGCAGACUCUGUUGUAGCACAAUUGGAUUAUAAAAAAUGCUUAGAAUAGUCAAUAUGUGCAGAUGUGGAUAUUGCAGAAGGAUCAAAAGUUACAGUUAGUCCAACAAAAAUGA